AUGAAUAUUCAGGCACGGUCGGAAGCGCUGCGCCUCUCGGAGCAGCGCAAGCGCAUCGACCAGGAGAUUGAGGCACAAUGGAGCGUGCUUACGUCGCGCAACGUCACGCUCACGUCGCCACUCGUCGAUACCGAGGGGUUUCCCAUCGCCGGACUCGACAUUGCGGCGGUGCGCACGGCGCGCAACCAGAUCCAUGUGCUCACGAACGAUCGGCAAAAGAUUGACGCAGAGCUAAAGAAACUGCUCGAGUGCGCACUUGCAGGGAAUGGCGCACAAAGAGGCUCGGCAGGGCCGACACACACCGUCCCCACACCUGCGCCAGACGCGCCGCCGGAGCCGCCGGUCGUAGCGACGCGCCCCGUCGCGGUGCGGUCCGUGGCGCCCGAGAGUCCCGCGGCUACCGCAGGCCUUGCUGCCGGCGACGUUGUGCUGGCGUUUGCCGACCUCGACCCCUUGACGUCUGUGCGCCUCGGCGACCUUCCGCCGCACGUCCGCGACGGAGCGCCGGUGCCGGUGCGCGUCGCGCGUGUCCUUCCCGACGGACGCAAGGUCGACCUUGUCCUGACUCUCACGCCGUCGUCCGCGUGGGGCGGCCGGGGCCUGCUUGGCGGCUGGCUAAAAGCCUGCAAUAUCCUUAGCUACCUCUUCUUUACCUCGUCGAACCUCUAUGCCGCGCUGGGUGGCGAUAGCACGCGCUUCGGGCACCCCAUCCAGACCUACCUGACCCCUGCGCAGUGGCUCUUUGGGAUCUGGCCCGUGAUCAAUACACUGUUCCUGGGCCUGCUCGUCUACCAGUUCUUCCCUCGCGGGAGCAAAGUGGUGAUCGAGCAGCUCGGCUGGCGCUUUCCUGCGCUGUUCUUUUUAAACUCGCUGUACACGACACUCUACUCGCUGCAAGGCUCGCGCGUGCUGAACCUGCUUGCGUUCCUCGUGCUGUGCAUUGUCGCGGGCUUUGUCUCGUACUUGUACGGCUCUCUGCGCACCGGACCCGAGCCCGAGACGUGGGCUGACCGGUUCCUCGUGCACCUGCCCAUCUCGCUCUACCACGGCUUUGUGGUGGUGAUCUUUUUCGUGGCCGCGUUUGCGGUGGCGGGCGUCGACGCGCACGAGCACAAGGCGGGCAUCCUGACCAAGCUGCUCGUCUUUGUGACGCUCUUCUUUAUGGAGAGCACCGCCGCGGGCUACGUGUUCUACGGCAACGGCGACAUUGCCGGCGCCACCGUCAUCUCGCUCGGCCUGUUGGCGAUCUACCAGGAGCAGACCAGCUCGCGCUUCAUCCACUGGUCGGCCUUGUACGUGUUUGUGCUAAUAUACAGUGUCUUUUUCGUCAUCUCGUUCAUCGCCGUGCUCCGUGCGAUCGCCGCCGCGUUCCAGGUGCAGCGCGAGGGGCUGUACACCGCCCAGAGCACCGACGAGGAGGCGGCUCCGCUUGUGCGCUAA